CGGUGCGUUUGUUCCCGCCCCCACAGACACGUUGCCUGGGGAGCAGUAACACGGGCCGCUCAGUCGCAGCUCCGCAUCACGGAAAAGCACGACUGCGCACCGUGUCCUGGACUUACCUCUGAAACAAAGGAAAGCGCACCAUUCCCUUACAUCCUGAAAAACAGGCCAGUAAUGAAGCGGCCUAGGAUGUCCGCAUCAGAUUCGGACUAUUCCAUUGACUGGCUGGCCAGCGAUGAUGAGGACAAUGACAGUGAGCUGGAGACCGAAUGUGAUGGAGAACAGGAUACACUGCCCACCACAGCUGCAGCUCAGAACAGCUGUGGUCCUCAAAUUUGUAGGAAAAUCAGUCACUCCUCAGUGAAGGAAAAGGAGGAUGGGAGCUGCAGGAGCAGUCCCCCCUCCAGCCCAACCAGCUCGUUCAGCACUGCAGACAGGGAGCCUUCACCAUCGAGUAUGUCUGGCCACAGCUGCACCCCGGGAAGCCCUAAAGGCAAAACCAGACAGGCGCAGAAGAGAGUACGUUGCCUGCCAGUGCCAGAACAAAAAGAAAAGCAGCUCAUAGCCAGCCCAACUGAGAAGGACAAGCUGUUUGCGUGCAAGUGUGUGGAGUUGCAGUGCUAUAUUCACCCACUCUCCUCGAUCCUGAAUGGCCUGCGUUCUGGCAGAUACAGAGAAAGACUCAGCACUUUUCAGGAAAGUGUAGCCAUGGAUCGGAUCCAGAGAAUAAUGGGGGUGCUUCAGAAUCCGUGCAUGGGUGAACGGUAUAUUGACAUUAUCCUGAAAAUGGAGGAAAUGUUAAAGACCUGGUUCCCCAACAUAAAACCCAGUCACCAAACAACUGCUGUGGAGACCCAGGAGACCGCACUGCUGAAAAAACCCAAGUUGUCCCCUGCUGGUCCCUUUGACUUUGGCACGGCUGGUGCUUCUCCUGUGGUUGCUAAGGCCAUGAAUGCCACUGACCAUAUGCCUCCAGCACCUUACUCCACCACCCACCUGAAAUGGCUCCACACUACUCCUAUCUGUUCACCCACUGCUGAGCAGGGUCAGCGCAUGGUCCGGAACUUGCUAACAGCGCGCAGGGAUGAGGACGUGACGCAGGACAACUCGGUUUCCUCUACUAUAGACACCCCUGAACUUAACAUGGACUCGGUGCCUAGUCAACCGCCACCAGGAAAGAUCAGUGCCCCGUGCCUGGAGAGACUACUGAAAUCCACAGAGAGUAUCAUCAACCACAAAGCCUCCAGGGGGGCGAGCGGCGUGGGUGCCAGCACUUUAUCCUAGUCCACAGAGACUGGGCUUUGUGUAAUCAGAGCCUAAAGAGCAGAGACUCAUACUAUCUCAUGCCAGUGCACUCGAGCUCACCCCAGCACAAGACCCCUGCUCCAUUUCAGCCUUCGGGGGACACACAGAGCAUAGCUAUGGCCAAGCCUAGCACUUAAACUGACAUGACUUUCAGAUUAUCCGUGCAUCAGUGUGUCACUGGUGUGGCAGUGCGUCCUCACCUUAUUUGGGUUUGCCAGCUUUGAAUCCUCUCGGGUAUAUUACCGCUUGUCUCCCGGAUAUUCCUGGUGAGACUGAGGACUUGGUGGCAUGAUGUGAAGAGUCAGCAUAUUGGUAUCUGUGAAUAAAGGAAAACAUUACUUCAGAAAGGGAUGGGAAAUGAAGAGUAAUGUGUUUAUGGGGAACACUUCAGAUAUUCCAAUGUGUCGAUUGUAGUUGUAGAUAAAACCUGUGGGAUGAAUGUGAA